GCCUCUGGGGCUCAGGGCACACGCGUGUCCCCCUGCGUGUGUCCUACGGGUGCGGUGUCACACUGACUGAAGGACAGGGCGAGCUGAAAUGAAGUACUGAACUGACUGUGAUAGAAAGAAAUGUAGAAAAUAUUUGAUCUUGCAGCCUUGAGAAAGGGCUGUUCAGGGCAGCGAGUGAGAUGUGGGGUGUGCCUGUGGAUCGACAAGCACAGACAAGUUUCUCUUGCUUUCCAGUCCUGUGCACUGCUCCCUGACUCAUCCCUGAUUCCUGUACCCGGCUCCCUGGCAGCACUGGCUGUCGGGGGGGGAGGACUAGAGCAGCUCUCACAUUCUAUUGAUUUUUGUGAUUUCAUGGAAAUCCACUGACAGAAUAACCCCCACAAAACAGCAUGUCUGUGUGAGACAGCCCUUUUUGGCAAGGGGUACCUCUUUAGGGCUGUCCAAUCUGCAGGAGGGAGGAUGAGGAGUUUUUUGGGGUGUGUCAGGGACCCCUGUUUUGAUUUCAGGGGUUGAGGCAGUGGAAGAUGAUAGUGGUGAGGAAGAAAGAAACUGUAGCCUGCGGUGUUGGUGUGCUGCCUUGCUGCUCCCCCUCCUAAAUCCCCUGCUGGAGGGAGCCUGCAAGGAGGGCACGGGCAGCUCAUUGUCCAGGUCCGCCUGGUGCCUGCUGGGUCACACUGUCACCUCCCUCGCCUCAGCACGGCACUGCCGGCAGCAGCAGCGUCCUGUUUGUGCAAGGACCGUGUGUUUUCCCUGCAGGAUGGAGCUGUGUCCGUGCUGCCUGUUGUCCUGCCUGCCUGGGGACAGCGGGGCUGCAGACAGGCAUUUUGUAACUGGACUCUCACCUCCUGUGAAACCAUAAUCCCAAGGGACGGACACAGCCACAGCGUCCCCGGAGCUGCACUGAAUUAGAUUUCCGUGGCUCUAAAUUGUCCGAAGUGUACCCUGAAUGGGUGCCCAGUUACAGGGCAGUGACUCGCGGUCACUCAGGGCAGGGCUGUGUUUGCAGACCCAGUUCUGGUCUUUCGAGCUCCCUGGUGUUGGUUUGAGCAAAGGGAACAGAGUGCCACCCUCGAGCAUUCCUGAGCAGUGGAAUCCUCUCCAGAAGGGUGUGCCAAGAGCACACGGCACGGCACAUCUCUGUCCCCCGGGCUGUGGCAGGUCCUGGGGAGCCCCAGCCCAGCAGCUGCCUGUGCUGAGUCCCUUGGUGCCCCCUCUGUGCAAUGUCUCCUUUGGCUGUGGAUGCUCAUGUCCUGUGUCCUGCCAAGGUGGGGAACAGCCUCUGAGAACAAAUCUGCCACUUGCUGUGGACUCUGAGCCCUAAAUCCCUCGAGUAUUUAAGGAAGUGCCCCACACCCUUGGUCUGAAACGCCUGCAGAAAGUACAAACCACAACAGGAUGGUUUUGCUGUCGUUUCCCCAGAGCCCCCUCCCUCCUCAGGCAGCUCUGGGGCAGCACCAAAGCCCAGAGUCGGGCCCCGCUCUCCAGCUGCCCGUGUCGGGUCCAUGGGGAGCUGCCCCUCUGCAAGCCGAGCUGCUGGGAGCCCUGUGGGCACUGCCCAGCCACAGCCGGGCUCCCUUCCCUCUCCCUGGCUUUUGGAGGGUCUGUCCUUGCUCCUCACUGCAAGGGGGGGGACUGGGGACAAUGCUUCCCAAGGCACAGGGAUCCCAAACCCCAAAGUGCUGCCUUUCCUGCUCCAUAACACCCAAAAAUCUCACUCCGGGACAAAGAGUGAUUUUCAGAUGAGGACACCAUUUCCUUUUAUUGAUAGUGGCCUGGGAACUGCAGGAACACUGGAAAUCCUCAGUGCUGGGGCUCAGGGAAAUCCUCCCACCGGGGCUUUCACAGGCUCAUUGGAGUCACAGCAGGACUCACUUUGACUGAGAGAUUUGUUUUUUCAAGAUGUUAAUCCUUGGGGGAAAAAGCAACAACUGAGAAAUGUUUAUGCAAAUUGUGUCAAUGUUGUGGCUAAAACGGCAAUUCUGGCACCUGUAUUUAUUUGUUUUCAUGGAGCUGAUGGCAAGGACCUGUGUUUCCUUUCGCCACGUGCCAGCCUGUGAUUUAAAACCACAACAGAGUGCCUGCCCACUCAUCUCCAUCCCAAUUCCAGGGAUUGGCAGGGCUCCUCCUGGCAUUGCACUCCAAGCCUGCAGAGAGAGGUGACUCAAAAAUGUGGUGACAAUCCCUGUCAAAGACUGCCAGCAAGGGCUGAGCUGUGUGCUAUUCUAGCUCCUGAAACAGAAGGUUAUGUCAUGGAAUCCCAGGAUCCCAGACUGGUUUGGGUUGGAAAAGAUCUUAAAUUUCAUCUCAUUGCAGCCUCCUGCCAAGGUCAGGGACACUUCCAUUAGACCAGGUUGCUCAAAAGCUGGUUAUAUGUAGAUGGUGAUUAAACAGUUGAUUUAAAUAUAAUUUUAAGAAAAACAAAUACAACAGGCAGGGUCAGACUGUGUGACUGCACACCAUCACAGCCUGAGGUCUAGAGCUUACACCAUCAGCAGAGGACCAGUUACAGCAUGGGGCUCUCACAUUGUUCCAAUAAAGCAUCUCUUGGAAGCCAGACUUCAAACAGGUUCUGCACCAGGCUUGGAUACUUUCUUUUAAAACCCAAACCUGCUCUGAAUUUCAUCUGUUUUCACCUUCAGAUAACAUUCGGAGGCGGCCGAGCUGCUGGGGCUGAUGCACUACAUGGAGAGCUUGAGGCUGAUCACGGUUGUCGAGCUGGUCGCUCCCACAUCCGAUGAAAACGUCACUGUGACAGAGACGGAGUUCGAGCAGGUCCCCGUCCGCCUGUACCUGCCCAGGAGGGCAGCCGGGGGGCUCAGGAGGGCCAUGCUUUAUUUCCACGGCGGCGGCUGGUGCCUGGGAGACGCGGGCAUGCACGGCUAUGACUACAUGUCACGGAGGAUUUCAAACGAGCUAAAUGCUGUCGUGGUGUCAGUCAACUACAGGCUGGCCCCUCCGCACCGUUUCCCCGCCCAGUUUGAAGAUGUGUACGCGGUGACCAAGUUCUUCCUCCAGAGCGAGGUCCUGGCCCGGUUCGGGGUGGACCCUGCUCGGGUCUGCGUGGCCGGGGACAGCGCCGGGGGCAACCUGGCCGCGGCCGUGGCACAGCAGCUGUCGGAGGACCCUGAAGUCAAAACGAAGCUCAAAGCUCAAAUUCUGAUCUACCCGGCUCUGCAGGCCCUGGACCUGAAUCUGCCGUCCUACCGAGACAACGCCGACAAGCCGAUCCUGUCCAGGUCGCUGAUGGUCAGGUUCUGGAGCGAGUAUUUCACGUCGGAGCCGGCUCUCAGGGAGGCCAUGGACUCCAACAGGCACGUCCCGCCCGAGUCCAGCCAGCUGUUGCAGUUUGUGAACUGGAGCCGCUGGCUGCCCGCGGAGAUGAGGAAGGCUCACGCGUACGGGGCCCCGGCUCCGGGCGGGUCGGAGCUGGCGCGGAGGUUCCCCGGUUUCCUGGACCCGCGGGCGUCGCCGCUGCUGGCCAGCGAGGCCCGGCUGCUGCACGUCCCUCCCGCCUACAUCCUGACCUGCGAGCACGAUGUGCUGCGCGACGAUGGCACCAUGUACGCGGGCCGGCUCCGCGCCGCCGGCGUGCCCGUCACCCACCACCACGCCAAGGACGCCUUCCACGGCGCCCUCACCUUCCUCGUGUGGCCGUUCAGGCUGGCCGUGGGCCAUCGGCUGUUCGACACCUGCCUGGGCUGGCUGAAGGAGCACCUGUGAGCGGCAAAUGGAGCCCACCCGCCCGCCAGGCGUGGCUGGGGCCGGGGAGCCGGGCUGCAUUUGGUUCCGUCUCCCUUGCAAUUCCCGCAGUGCAGGGGCUGGAGCGUGUCCCACCUUCUCUGGCAGGAAAUCAGCCCCAUCCCAACCCGCACGUUCUCCCGUGCCGUCCUCUGACCCUCAAACCCCCGACUGCCAGCACUGCCCUGGGGCUCCUCUUCUCACCCGCAGCCUCCGGGCUUUGGUGUUUUGUCUCUGUUGCUGCUUCUUUCUUCCUGUCACAGCAGCCUCAGACCGGCGUGUGUGCCAAAGGGCCGGGUCGCUCUCUGCGGGACACGGGACGCGCUCGCUGGCUGCUGUCCUGUGUCCCCUUUGGCUCUGAGGGAUGUGACAGCGGGGCCCUCCUGCUGCCGGGGGUGAUGGGGUGAACAGAAGCACCGGGAGGCUGCAGGAGGCUGGAGGGACCUGCCCAUCCAGGCUGGGCUGGGGCUGCUGUUCCUGCCCUGCACAGCUUGAGGGAAGCACUUGGGAACCCUGUGGGACGGCUGAAAAAUUGUGCAAGUGUUUUAGGCUUUGUUUGUUUGUUUUGGGGGUUUUGUUUAUUUGGGGUUUUUUGUUGUGUUGUGGGUUUUCUUUAAAGCACAUCUCUUUUUCCUACUUCCUUUCUUUAAUCCUUGAACUAGCAGGAAAUAGUGAAGCAAACCAGAACUGGAUAUUCACUGGAAGAAGGAAGCUGUGAAGGUCCCAGCCUUACGCUAACACUGCUGCAUGGCCUGUGCUCCAUUUACCUGUUAAGUCAUGUACUAGGUGUUCUAUUCUCCUAAAAAUUGUUCUUCAGAUUCUACAUAUGUUUUCUUAUAAUCUAGAAUUUGCUCAGUAGCUUUAUAGGCUUGUAAAAGAAACAUGGUUCAGCUGGCUGUGUGGAACAAAUAACCUCUGUGUAAAUGUUCUGUGUGUUAAAUAGAAACCCUAAAAUUUUUGACUGAAGCAUGAAUGAAGGGGUUGGCUGUUGGUUUAAGCAAAUCAAACACUGAGCAGGUACUUCAUGUAUCCUGCUUUUCUUUUGCAUAAAAGGUACUGAAUCUUCAAUAAUUCUGGGUUAUUUUUCCUGGGCGUGUGCAGCCUGUUCAGAUGGAAUGCGUACGGGAUGAUUGCUGUUUUCCAUCUUUACUAAGCUGGAUAUAAACAUUAAACCUGGUUUUGAUUCCA